AUGGCUACUGAUCGCGAAAGUAAAACCUUCCUCGCGAGGCUCUGCGAGCAGGCCGAGCGCUACGAUGAAAUGGUCAACUACAUGAAAGAGGUUGCAAACCUGGGUGGCGAGUUGUCUGUCGACGAGCGAAACCUUCUUUCUGUUGCCUACAAGAACGUGGUUGGCACUCGACGUGCUUCAUGGCGCAUCAUCUCCUCCAUCGAACAAAAGGAAGAAUCAAAGGGUUCAGACAAGCAUGUCACAACCAUCCGUGAUUAUCGCCAAAAGAUUGAGACCGAACUCGAGAAAGUCUGUCAAGAUGUCCUCGAUGUCCUCGAUGAAGCCCUUAUCCCCAAGGCCGAAUCCGGUGAAUCCAAGGUCUUCUAUCACAAGAUGAAGGGUGAUUACCACCGAUAUCUUGCCGAGUUCGCAUCUGGCGAGAAGCGCAAGGUUGCUGCAACCGCGGCACACGAGGCAUACAAGAAUGCUACCGAUGUCGCACAGACUGAGCUCACUCCAACACACCCCAUCCGUCUCGGCCUUGCCCUCAACUUCAGUGUCUUCUACUACGAGAUCCUCAACUCGCCGGAUCGCGCCUGCCACCUUGCCAAGCAAGCCUUUGAUGAUGCCAUCGCCGAGCUUGAUUCACUCUCUGAGGAAUCCUACCGCGACAGCACAUUGAUUAUGCAACUGCUACGAGACAACCUGACGUUGUGGACCUCAUCCGACGGCGGUGACGGAGAGGCUGGUCCAGCCGGUGACGCUCCCAAGGAAGAGAAGCCCGCCGAGACUGCCGCACCAACCGAGCCUGCGGAGAAGACGGAUGCACCUGCUGCGGCACCUGCUUCCUAG